AGACCUAUAUAUAUUUUAUCGUGGAGUCUGAAGGGCUCCUUGUCUUUAUGCGAUAUUUUCUUUCUUAUCGAAGCUCUUCUUUGCGCAACUGUUUUAGGACGAAAACCCUAGCCGCCAUUGCUGGCCGGGUCGUGACCUUGGGCUUACAUUGUACCUGCGCCUUCGAAUCUGCAGGGGUUAACUGGUCUAGAAUAUCCACAGAGGCUGUGAUUAGUGGGUGUCGCUGCAACAUGGAAGCAUCACGCGACAGCAGUUCACGAAGAUUUUGUUGGUGACUCCUAGCCGGAGAAAUUGGGGAAGAAAUAGGCAGCCAACAUUCACUACGGGUUGCCUAAGCUCAGCAGCCACCCUUCCCCAGCGACAUAUUACUGUAAUGAGCUCUUAGAAACGGUGAUAGUUCAGAGUUAUUAUUGCUUAUAACAAGAUAGUCGAUGCAGAUAGCCACCAUCGUUGGUAGGUUCAGUAUUAUUGCACACCAUAACUAUUAGCCUCUAAGAAUUUCAACUAUCUGAAGAUUCCGAGUUCAUCUUCAGCAUAACAUACUCCUACAAUCCCAGUUAUAUAUUUUGACAUUUGCUAUUCCGAAGAUCUGAAAGCAUGUUGAAAGUUGUAAAACCUAAGACAAAUCAUGCAAGGAGGAUUCUCGAAAAGCGUGCUCCAAAGCUGGUUGAAAAUGCCAAGAAAAUAUUAAUUUUGCAUGGCACAAAGACUAGCAAUGUAUUGAAUUCAGUCUUGACUGACAUAUUUCAUCUCAAGAGGGCUGGUGGAAAUGCCAUCAAAUACACCAAAAAGAAUGGAGAUAUUCGACCAUUUGAGAGUGGGGGUGAAACUGCCUUAGACUUUCUUUCACAAAAGACUGAUUGCAGUCUGUUCGUUUUUGGCUCACAUUCAAAGAAGCGGCCUAACAAUCUCGUUUUGGGAAGAAUGUAUGAUCAUCAUGUAUAUGAUCUGAUUGAGGUUGGCAUAGAAAAUUUUAGUUCAAUGGAAUUAUUUGGCUAUGGAAAGAAGCUAGCCCCACAAGUAGGCUCAAAGCCUCUAUUUGCCUUUAUUGGUGAAGGUUUUGAGACCAAGGAGCACCUGAAACAUUUGAAAGAGGUUUUACUUGAUAUGUUCAGGGGGGAGGUUGUUGAAAAAAUAAAUCUUACAGGGCUAGACUCUGUAUUUGUCUGCACAGCAUUGGAUGAUAAUAAGGUUCGUUUCAUGCACUGUGGAAUACGGUUAAAAAAGUCUGGCACAAUUGUUCCACGAAUUGAACUGGUUGAAAUAGGGCCUUCAAUGGACCUGGUUCAUAGACGGCAUCGGCUUCCAAAUGAUGAUCUGAGGAAAGAGGCCAUGAAAUCUGCAAUUUUGAAGCCCAACAAGAAGGUGAAGAAUGUCAGUGGUGACCUGUUAGCUGGAAAAGUCGGAAAGAUUUAUGUUCCAAAGCAAGAGGUUGGAGACAUGGCCCUGGCAAAAAUGAAAGGUCUUAAGAGGGAGCGGAGAGUAGCUGCAGCUGCCUUGUCGGCCUCGAAGAAUAAAGCACACAAAGAAAAUGAAAACACAAAUUUGGCAAUAUCAAACAAGAAGCAAAGAACAGGCUAGAAAUCUAUAACUGCUGUGGCUUUUCAAUUUUGAUUUGAUUCCUGCACUGAACUAAUGACUUGCAUUCUGUUAAACUUCAGAACAUGUACUAUCUUUGUUCUCAAGGUGGGAUUUCUCUGGUCUCUGAAGUUUCUACCUUCUGGAAGUCCAUAAGUUCAUGUAGUGACAUAACCUGUAAUUUCUUUCAAUGUCGAUCUUCAGAUAAACAAUCACUUGAAGCAAUAUCUUGUAAUUCUGUCAUUUCUGCAAGCACUGCUAUUCUUCAUUAACAAGUUUCUUUUGUGCU